AUGUCCACUUUCUGCGUGGAAUUCCAUCCUUCCAAAGAGGAAAUCUUCCAGAAGAGUGAUGAUGAAUGUCGUGAGCACGCUGAACUCUUUAGAGCCGUCGGAGGUGUCUACUUUGAUGCGGACUUCCUGCCCAACGCGAAAUCUCUCGGAAAAAUUAUAACCGAUUUGGGGAAAGCGGAUUUCGAGAAUUUGAAUGACCCGUGGUACCCGCCGAGUCGAUUCUAUAAAAAUGGUUGGAGUGUCUAUGACAAUGCAUGGCCAUUCCACGUGACACAGGGACGGUUGGGCGACUGUUGGCUGGUGGCGGCGAUAAUGUGUUUGGCGAGAAGAAAAGACCUGUUGGAACAUAUUCUGCCGGAGAAAGAGUAUACGAGGGACUGUGGUAUUGUGCAGGUUCGACUAUUCGUCGACGGAAAAUGGGAGGUCAUAAAAAUCGAUUAUCACAUCCCGCAAGACGACGGACGUAUGCGUUUUUUAAGAAAUUCGACGAACCAAUUAUGGGCGGCGCUUAUCGAAAAAGCGUAUGCGAAGGUACUCGGCACGUAUGGACACCUCGUUGGCGGUCAUUCGAAUAAUGCGUUUCGAGUUUUCACCGGGAGUCAUGGAAGACGGAUUCCGUUUACGAAGGAUGCGGAUCCGGAUAAGAUGUGGGAGGACUUCAUUCGAUAUUACUCCUCGAACUCCCUAAUGGCCGCUGCGACACCAAAUUUCGAGAAGGACUCAGAAGGUGAGAAGCUUUAUGAAAACGUUGGAAUCGACAAUAACCACGCCUACCCGAUGCUCGAUUUCCAAGAGAUCGACGGUGGCCGUCACCGUCUAAUUCAGUUGGGAUGCUCGAAUUCCGAGAGGUGGAAAGGCAAGUGGUCCGAUCUUCCGGCAUAUCCUAAUGACGUCACUCACACCUUCACUGACGCCGAGCGCGCGGCGUGCGAGAAAAAAAUGUUCUGGAUCGAGAUCACUGACUUCCUCCAAUACUUUCACUGCCUCUACGUUUGUGAGUAUCGAUUGAAGUGGGCGGAGCAAUGUUUCACACAGCAUAUUCACAGGCAACCCGACGAUGAGACACAAAUCCUAAAAAUGAUUGUCAGGGAGCGACAGGAAUUUGUUAUUGAGGUUGGACGACGACAAGAUGAUCAUGGGAAACACACCCUAUUCCUGAAUAUCCACAAAUCGACGGGUGACAAUAAAUGUGGAGAAUUAUUGCUGACAUUCAAUGAAUAUUCUGAUAGAAUCUCGACUGAACAAUUCUAUUUGGACCCGGGCACCUAUUUUGUCGUUUUUUACAACUAUCCGGUUUACGAUCAACUCGAAAUUGUGAUAUUAGACUGGGUUGUCAGAAGCCCAAAACCAUUCGACACUACCGUAUCCCUGGAUUUCGUCGCUUUUCCGUUCUCCACUCUUAUCGAUAGUGUGCAACAAGUGAUACUGAAAUAUGGAAACGUUGAGAAACGAGAAGAGGACACUAUUGUGAUCUACAACUGGAAAAAUGCGGAAUGUUGUCUGAUUUUGGUGGAGAAUUUGAUGAAAUGGACACAUGUUAGAGUGAACGUCAAUAACAUGUCAAACUCUGAAAGCCUUGAUUACUGGACACUGAAAGAUAAAGAGAGAUGGUGGCCGGUACCGCCAUUAUCGAAAUGCAUUGUCGCCUAUUUUCAGAAUAGAAAAGUCGGUUUGCCGGCUGGUCACGUAAAAAUUGAGUACCAAAACAGUUCGUGGAUCUUCGGGCCAUUCGAUCGGAAAGAAUCGGAAACAAUCAAAUGUGAACUGCAAACUGUGAUAACUGUUUAA